AUGUCGACCCCGAUCUCCCCUUCCCCCUCCCUCUCCCCGUUGACACUGGCCUCCCCUACAUUGGCAACCUCCCCCGGUCCCUCCCCUCUGCCCUCACCCCUCUCCCCUCCACCCAGGGUGCCUGUUUUCCAGAGGAAGGGAGCGCUCAAACACAAGAGGAUUGUCGAGGUUAAAGACCACCAGUUCACUGCCCGCUUCUUCAAACAGCCCACCUUCUGCAGCCACUGCACCGACUUUAUCUGGGGCAUCGGCAAACAGGGAUUCCAAUGUCAAGUUUGCAGUUUUGUGGUCCACAAAAGAUGUCACGAAUUUGUCACCUUCACUUGUCCUGGCUCUGUGGCGGGCCCCAGACCAGAAGACCUGAAGAGUCAGCACACAUUUAAAGUUCACACUUACUCCAGUCCCACCUUCUGCGACCACUGUGGCUCGCUGCUGUACGGCCUCAUACACCAGGGCAUGAAAUGUGGCAGUUGUGACAUGAACGUCCAUCGACGGUGUGAGACCAGUGUUCCCAGUCUCUGUGGCCAAGACCACACAGAGAAGAGAGGGAGGAUCCACCUGACUGUCAGAGGAGAGACGGAGGAUGUCUACGUCACAGUGCGGGAGGCUCGUAACCUGAUGCCCAUGGAUCCAAACGGCCUGUCAGACCCGUAUGUUAAACUCAAAUUGAUUCCAGACCCGAAGAGCCACAGCAAACAGAAGACCAAGACCAUCCGCUCAACACUUAAUCCCGUCUGGAAUGAGAGUUUCACCUUCUCAGUGCGUGGUCACCAGUGGGACAGGCGUCUGUCUGUGGAGGUAUGGGACUGGGACCGCACGUCCAGGAAUGAUUUCAUGGGAGCGCUGUCAUUCGGAGUGAGUGAGAUCUUCAGGCGUCCUAUCAGCGGCUGGUUCAAACUCCUCGCCCAAGAUGAGGGAGAGUACUAUAACAUCCCUGUGCCAGACCCAGAUCUGCAGGUAGGAAAUUCACUCCAGUACGGACGGGAAAAAAAACCAUUGAUCCUCAUGUUGAACAAAAAGUAGUCUCCCCUACCUGCCUCGCUGCCUGAACCGUUCCCUGUGGCCCUGUCCCCAACCCCUGUACCACCCUGCCCACCAGUCCACACCCCAGGCCCUGCCAAAGUGAAAGUGGGCAUCCUUGACUUCAACUUCCUUAUGGUGCUGGGCAAAGGCAGCUUUGGCAAGGUGCUGCUGGCAGAGGAGCGAGGCAGCGAGCGUCUGUUCGCCGUGAAGGUGUUGAAGAAAGACGUUCUCUACCAGGACGAAGACAUGGAGAGCGCCCUGGUGGAGAGGAGGGUUCUGGCGCUUUCCUCUCGCCCUCACUUCCUCACAUCACUCUACUGCGCCUUCCAGACCGAGGACCGUCUGUAUUAUGUAAUGGAAUACGUCAACGGAGGAGACCUGAUGUUUCACAUUCAGAUAGUCGGCAAGUUCAAAGAGCCUCAUGCAGCGUUUUAUGCAGCAGAGAUAGCAGUCGGCCUCUUCUUCCUUCACAGCAAAGGCAUCAUCUACAGGGAUCUGAAGCUGGAUAAUGUGCUGCUUGACAGCGAGGGCCACAUAAAGAUAGCUGACUUCGGGAUGUGCAGGGAGGGCAUGUUAGAGGGUGACACCACGCACACUUUCUGCGGCACUCCUGACUACAUCGCCCCCGAGAUUGUGGCAUAUCAGCCCUAUGAUAAAGCAGUGGACUGGUGGUCCUAUGGAGUACUGCUGUAUGAAAUGCUGGCAGGACAGCCACCAUUUGAUGGUAUUGACGAGGAUGAGCUGUUUCAGUCCAUCAUGGAACAGAGUGUGGUAUACCCGAAAAAUCUCUCUCGUGAAGCUGUCGCUAUCUGCAAGGGACUCCUGACGAAGCACCCGGCCAAGCGUCUGGGUGGAGGACAGGAUGGAGAGAGAGAAAUCAGGGAGCAUCCGUUCUUCUGCUGGAUUGACUGGGACCGUCUGGAGAGACUGGAGAUCCCAGCGCCCUUCAAACCCAGAACUGGUGGGAGAAAAGGUGAAAACUUCGACAAGUUCUUCACAGCAGCUCCACCAGCUCUCACUCCCUCUGACCCGGAUAUACUAGCAGCCAUCAACCUGGAAGACUUCCAGGGCUUCACCUUCCAAAACCCAGACUUUGCCCCCUCGCCUCUCACCGCUGUUUAAAAAUGGCUCCCACACUUGCAAACAUUUCCUCUGAGGGUACCCAAAAUACCCUGGUAAUCCCCCUAAUAGUAGUUUUAUAACAAAGAAUUUGAACAUGAGAGCUAGCAGCAA